AAAACGGAGUAUAAAUUGUGGUGUAUCUUUCGAGCUUUUUGACGCCGACCUGGACUGUAUUUAACGCCUAAGGUCUGCGGUUGUCUCAUAAUAAGGCAGAGAGAGAGAGAGAGAGAGAGAGAGAGAGAGAGAGAGAGAGAGAGAGAGAGAGAGAGAGAGAGAGAGCGCUUUCCCGCACAGCAGAAUCAGGGGAGGGACGCCAACAGCAGCAGCUCCCGGUCUCACUGAACACACACAGGGAGAGGACAUAGGACUGAAACUGGUGGCGCUGCGCAUUUGUUAAAAAUAAAUAAAAACUCAUCAAGGACAAUAAACUCGAAAUUUGAGGGAAACAGCAUUUGGGCACUAUGGAGAUGUCAGAACCAUUCUCACAGCAGGAGCGGCUCCAGGCUAUUGCAGAAAAGAGGAAAAGACAGACAGAAAUUGAGAAUAAGAAGAGACAACUAGAGGAUGACAGACGACAGCUCCAGCAUCUCAAGUCAAAGGCACUGAGGGAAAGAUGGCUACUAGACGGUGCGCCCUCUGCAGGACCGGAAGAAGACGAGACCAAGAAACAGCUUCAUGAGGAUGAAGCCAAGACCAGAGGCCUUGAGGAGACUAUUCUCAGACUGGAAAGAGAGCUGGAAGAACUGGAGACAGGUGUGUCUGCAACAUCCACCCAAGAAAACCUUUCAGACACAGCACAGGAAGUCAACACCAUCAUAGUAGAAAAGGUUGUGACAGACUCUGUGAAAGAGGUCAAAGUUCACGUCAGCCCUCGUUUGGAGAAAUCUGGAGGUGACUUUGACAUGAUGAGAGCAGCGAUGUACUCCGUAGAGAUCACAGUUGAAAAGGACCUGGUGACGGGCAAGACCAAAGUCCUGUCAACUAACACUCUGCUCCCCAAAGACUUCUCACAACAGGGGGUCAAGGUCUAUGAGGAUGAACAGAAAGUGGUUCAUGAGGUGCGCACUGUGGAUGGGGCAGUAACCAAUGGUGUUCACCAGCUCAGCUCUUCAGAGGUGGAUGAGCUCCUCCACAAAGCUGAUGAGGUGACGAUGAGUAAGAGCAGCAAGACCACGCCCCGCCUGGAGAGAGGGAAAGCUGAGGAAACUGAGAGGAUGGAGAAGGUGGAAAAAGACAUAGUCCCAGCCGCAGCUGGCUCCCCUUCCUUAAAGGAGAUCACCGGUGUAGAGGCAAAACCUGCAGCCCCUCAGACAGAAGUGGGCGGGGCCAGUGCAGAGAAUCCGGUAACCAUGGUUUUCAUGGGCUACCAGAGUGUGGAGGAUGAGGAUGAGACAAAGAAGGUUUUGGGAAUGGAGAGUACAACUGUGAAGGCAGAGGUGGUGGUAAUCGAGGAUGGAGAUGCCAAAAACACCGCCACUGAUACCAAAGAGGAGCUGGCACCCCCUAAUGGCAGUCCAGCAGAGCCACCGAAAGCUGAAGAGGUAGCAGGCGUGUCAGGGCAGCCAGAAGACGGCAAUGCUGAGGUCAAGAGCAAGGAGAAACAACCCUGCAAAUGCUGCACUAUUAUGUGAACCCAACACACCCUUCCAAACAUGAACUUGAUGAUGAAAUACAAAAACAUAUAGAGAGAACAAUAGCAAGGCAGAGAAUAAUAAACGUUCAGUGUCUUUUGAUAGAAAGCUGUUGUUUCCUUAUUGAUUUUUAGCUUUUUUAUAUUUUCCGUAUUACUUUUAUCUUUCCCCUUGAUACUAUCUAAACUCAUUUCAGUUUCUUGUAUUUUUUCUGGAUUUAUUGUGGCUGAUAUGAAUCAUGUCACAUUAGUGGCACCGUAGCCACACUCCUCUGAGAAAAAUCUAAAAAUUAAAGACCUUUUCCUGCUACCCUUUAACUUAACUAAAAUGAUCAACGUCCAACAAGUCCCUUUAUUCAGCAUUUACUUCACAUAUUAUAAUUUUUAUUUUUUAUUUUUACAUUUCUAUAUGGAGGACUCAAAUAUCUCUAUAUAACUUAUGUAUAUUAACCAUUUAUUUUUGAAAAACUAUUUAAUUUAUUUUGAGUUAACUUGUUAAAAACCCAGAAUUUUUGCAAAAGCAUGAUAUGUUGCAUGAUCUACACAAGUAUUUUCAGUUUCUCAAGAAAAGAAAACAUUGAAGAUUAACCCCAACAUUAUGCAUUGUGCUCUAUUUAUUACUCAAUAAGCUAUUACUUUGUUCUGGUUUUCCAAAGCUAGGAAUAAAAUGUGUGGGAUUUUCAGAGCACACUUUGCAUUUGCUUAGAUUUGAUUGAAAAGUUUUAAACGAGUCCAUCGUACAGGUGUUGUAAAUGUGUGUGCUUCUGUGUUUGUUCCACAAAUUGUUCCACAAAUUACUUUUUACUUCUAAUGUGGACAUGAGAAAGGUUUUACGAGUGCUUUCUUUGACCAGAAUGCCCCCAUUUUUUUCUACUAUCCCCAACCCCCCUCUCUCUCUCUCUCUCUCACACACACACACACACACUCACACACAUAAACACCAUGUAGUCAUACACACCCUGUUUUGUUUCCUCUUGAAAGGAAAAUCAAUUUUCCUUUGCUCUGCCAUGAGUCAAGUAGAUUGCGCUCUUUCAUUUUGAAAUGUAGGACAGGUGAGCUGAGGAGAUCUCAGUAAGCUCUGAUGUUUUGCUUUUUGGUAGUCAUUCUCAGCCAAGUUGGUCCAGCAAAGAGCUUGUGUGUUUGUAAUUGCAUCUGGGUGUAAAUGGCUAAGGGCGCCUACACAUUAAGAGUUUACUCUGUCUCAGAGAUUGCUGCAAAUCCAUUGAUUUCAAUGGGUAUGGUAAAUUGCAAGGACAGAGAGGAAAAACACACACAUCCUUUGAGCAAUGUGAAUUUCAGACAGAUGGGUCCAGUUUCAGACAGACACCCAAUUCACUGUAUUUCCACUUUAUUUCAAACUUACCCGGCUCUUUUAACACCCUCAAAUUUAUCUUAUGUAUUUCUAGCAGUCAAAUGCUCCGUCAAGAGUUUUCUUUAGUGUGUAAGUGACCUAAAACACUUUUUAUCAUAUAUUAGUCCCACCUGAAGUGCUCUAUUUGUUGGAAGUAGAGAUGCAGAGAAGAGAGCGAGUUGUUUUCUCAGUUACUUUCUCUUUACUGUAUGAUAUAAACAUGCAUUGGAUCAUUUUUAGUCUUCUCAUGAUUAUACCUGAAAUGAUAUCUCUAAUCUUUGUAUCUCAAGAAUAUUUCUAGUACUUAAACAGCCCUGCACAUGAUCUGACAUUCAGCGGUGUUUAAGUAUCAAGUUGGUUGUGUCUAGGAUGGGAUUUAGAUCAUCUGUUUGUCCACACUGCCAUCAGCCCCCCUCUAAAACAGGGUGAAUGACAGCUCAUUCUUAACAAGUGACUUCACUGAAAAACGGCAGUCAAUCCUAUACAAAAUCCCUCAUGUGUCAGAAUAAGCAAAGCUCUAAAUUCCUGAGACAGAAUGGACAGUAAGGACAAUAUCCACCUUUCCUUGGUUGUUUGGCAUCAAGUAAAUGGCUGGAAGUGUGGCAGGGUACCGGAAACAUUUAAAUAGGUUAUUAUCCCAAAUAUUCCAUCACAGAUGGAAAUGCAAAUACAUUAGAUUACACUGGGGAGUGUGUUAAUGAAUUUUAAACCCUUUUUGCACCUUACUUAUAAAUUACUUGCUUCAUCAAUUUUUGGGGAAUUAAAUGUAGUGCUUAAUUCACUGGCACUGCUAGCUGGUGCAGGGGUAUUCUAGAUGGAGUGUGUGUGUGUUUUUGUAUUUUCAAGAGUGUCUGCGUGGUUGCAUUCAUGAUUUAUGUCUGUUCAUAUGUGUCAUAUAUCUCUCAUUAGUUGUAAUGAUGUCUGUUUUACUGCCCUAACAUUGAAGAUGAGCACUGUGGAGAUCGGUGUGUGUGUAAUGGUUGAAACCCCAGACUUGAGGAGCCAAAAGAAAUCAGCAUGAAUGCAGUUAGUAAACUCUUUUUUUUAAUUUUUUUUUUAUUUGUCGUAAGUUUCAUCAUGUUCACACAUUUGCAUACACACACACACACACACACACACACACACACACACACACACACACACACACACACACACACACACACACACACACACACACACACACGAGAAUAUGGACACUUUUACUGAGUGCACAGCAGUUGACUUGUGUAGCUCAACUGGUAGAACAUGGCACUAGCAAUGCCAUGGUUAUGGGUUUCAAUCCCAGGGAACACACAAACUGAUAAAAUGCAUACCGUGAAUGAACUGUAAAUCGCUUUAAAUAAAAGCAUCUGCUAAAUGCAAAAGUUUUCCCACAAUGUUCAACUGAUAAAAUAUAAAGGCAACCAAACACUGGUUCCAGAACAGUGCUUCUGGACCAUCUCCAUUAAUGCCCUAUCUUUGCGUCACUGUGAGUUUCAUUGUUACACCUUUGCCGCACAACUUACUGUCAGUACUAACAUUCCAGUUCUGACUAAUUUUUCACCCCUGAAUGCCUUGUCAUCCGGCCAUGGCCCUGGCGUAUCUCUUUUGUACAGAUGCAUGCUUUUAUAGGUACAUAAAUAACAAUUCUACAUAUACAUAUUCAUUUCAAUGUUAGAUAAUGUCCCUGUGCUUGAACCCCUAACCAUUGCUGACAAGCUACUAUAAUGAUAAAGUUCAAAGGCAUGAUAGCAGAGAAAAUUUAGGACCAUCUAACCUGGUUCUAAUGAGCAAUGAGAAAUAAUGGGCAGCCCAGACAGGGUCUAUUUCUACCUGUCCAAACGGCCAUCUCUUGUUGGUUACAAUGAAUGUGUGUGUAUGUGCUCUUACUGCCACUGUUGUCUGUACGUUGUGAAGGUCUACUUUAUCAACCUGAAAGAGCUGUAGAUAGAGUUGGAACGAGAUAUUAAAAUGUGACGUGCUUUA